CAAAAAUCAAUUUAAACUUUAUCCUUUUAUAACAAACUUUAAGUUAUAAAAUAAAGAAAAAAAGAAAACACAACAACAACAAAUAUGUUUAACAGUAGAACAUUUUUUAUAAACAACAACAAAAUGAGUUCCUUUUUAAACCGCUCCACCACUACAACAACAACAAAUUCUUACUCCACUUAUCAGCAACAACAACAAAAACAACAACACUGCCUUUACUCUGGAAAUAUUUACCGUCCUUUGUUUGUUUCUUCAUUGUUAUUAUUAGUAAUUGGUUUAUUGAACCCUAUUUAUCCGGUUAAUGCUUUGGAUUCUAUAACCGCUCCACCACCCCCGCUGGCAGCAGCUUUAGCUGCUCCUGGUGGCUCCUCAAUCCUUGAACAAUUUAGUCCAAAUUGUAGUGCUGUUUCGCAUAUAUUUCAGAGUCGUGGCAUAGAUCCAUCCGAAAUACCACAGAAACCUUCAAAUGGUAAGUUUUCCUCCGGUUUUUCACAUUAUCAAAUCAUGUUUAAAUUACUGUAAGUACUUUUUCAAAAAAAAACUACUUUUUCAUAACAACUGUGCAUAUUUUGCAAUAAUCUGACAUCCCAUAUAGUGUAUGUAGAUGUGCAUGUAAUAGUGUUUUGACUUCAGUACCACCUACUUGCUGAUUAUGUUGAUUUUAUUGAGAUAAACAUGCUGAUAAAAUAUUUACUGUGUUAAAAUCCAAUUAAUUUACCAGCUUAAGACAUUCCUAAGUGUACACGGUGAAACGAGAAUUUUAUAUGAGUACUUACGCAGUUGCAAGGGGAAGCUAUAUCCGUUCAUUGUAGUGAUGUAUCAGUGAUGGUUAUGAAGAGAAUAUGUUUAAUAUACUUUUCAAUAUUUUGUAGAUAUGUUUAAAGAUUUUGUUAAAAACGGAAAUUAAUUAUAGUUUUGAUUUUUAAGGUAAAUCAAAUGUUUACGGUCUCUAUUGCUAAUGAAUGCCGACCAUUGCUAUAAUGUAUAAAUUUCAUAUAGAAAAGAGGAGUUAAAGAUGCGCCAGAUAUAAGUACUACUUAAACCGAAAAUAAAGAGAAAAAAAACAGAAAAUAAACAUAAUGAAACAUAAAAAAAAAUUAUCUUAAUUACUCUUUAUUUUGUUAUUAUUAUUAUUCUUUUGUUAUUACUGCC